CCACAACACAACAACACCCACCCCCCCCCAAGCCAUGUCUCAACAAGCAAUGAAGAACCUCAUGCAGGGCUUCAUGCCAAAGGGCGGGAAGCCAGGCAAGGGAUUCCUCGGCUCAACGGGAGCCCUCCUCGGCAUCACCCUGCUCGGCGUUGGGAUUAACCAGAGUCUCUUCAACGUGGAAGGAGGUCACAGGGCGAUCAAGUUCUCGAGGAUUGGGGGUGUGCAGGACCAGGUGUAUAAUGAGGGGACUCAUUUUGUCGUCCCAUGGCUCGAAACGCCGAUCGUGUACGACGUCCGAGCAAAACCACGCAACAUCGCCUCCCUAACCGGCACCAAGGAUCUCCAAAUGGUCAACAUCACCGUCCGAGUCCUGUCUCGCCCCAUGGAGAACAAGCUGCCACACAUCUUCCAGACCCUCGGGCAGGACUACGACGAACGCGUGCUACCCUCCAUCGUCAACGAAGUGCUGAAGAGCGUGUGUGCCCAGUUCAACGCUUCGCAGCUGAUCACGCAGCGUGAGAAGGUGUCGAAGUUGAUUAGGGAGCAGUUGCACCUCCGGGCGUCGCAUUUCAACAUCUCGUUGAAUGAUGUGUCGUUGACGCAUAUUGCGUUCAGUCCGGAGUUUACGAGGGCUGUUGAAGCCAAGCAGAUUGCCCAACAAGAGGCCCAACGAGCAACCUUCAUCGUCGACCGCGCAAAGCAAGAGAAACAAUCCAUCAUCGUGAAAGCGGAGGGAGAGGCCAAGUCCGCGACGCUGAUCGGAGACGCCGUCAAGAACGCGCCGGGUUUCUUGGAACUGAGGAAACUCGACACGGCCCGUGAGAUUGCACACACGAUCGCGCAGUCGAAUAAUAGGGUGUUUAUUGAUUCGGAGAGUCUGUUGUUGAAUGUUGCGACGGAUUUGGGGUGAGUUUGGGGAAUGAGAGUAAGGGGAUAGUCUUUGGGGUGUUCUGGGAGGGGAGGUGGAGGACUAAUUUGAUAUUUUGGUCUAGAGGCAAGACGGAGGACGGACGGAAGUAGAGCAGGGUAGAAAGAAAACUUCGAAGUGGUUCUAGGAGUAUGAAAUCAGGCGGAGGGUCGAGAGGAGGGCAAUGCUUGUUGGAGGGGAGAAUGCUUACGUGUAGCUCCCAUCUCAGCUGUUGCAUUGCAAUUUGCUACCCCCUUUGUAUGUAGGCUGUCGGCCGUCCCGCAUUUGCAUUAUGAAAGUUUAUAGAACAGGAUAGUUCAAAAUGUUUGGUACUUGAAGCUGGGAGGUAGCAUUUUGUGGCAUUGACAUAGCCGUCGCUGUCGCGCAUGUCAACCCUGAUGGGUCCUUCAUUCAGUAGGGCGUUUCACUAGCCCACAUAAUCGGAC